AACGAGGAAGAUCGGUCAGGUCGCCCCGGCGCUCGCCGCCCUCAGCCCAGCGCACCACCCUGGGCCCGGCCCGCGCCAGGCGCCUCCGCCCGCCCAGAGCCCGCCCCGGGGUAGGGGAGUCCGCGCGGCCCCGGGGGCGGCGCUUGGCUGCCCGGGCAGAGCAGGCGCGACCGGUGGCAGCAGGAGCGCGGCACAGGAGGAGGUUCACUGUCUCAAUGGAAGUGGUACCAGCCUGGGCCCCAGCAGUAGGUUUCACACUCCUGCCACAUGCAGGAGGAUUUUUAGGAAGCAAUAUAACCAAAAGGGAAAUCCCAACAUGGUAUCAAACUCUACAGAAGCCAUCCUGGUGUCCACCUAACUGGGUGUUUGCUCCUGUUUGGGGAACUCUCUAUACAUCUAUGGGAUAUGGCUCCUACCUUGUGUGGAAAGAACUGGGGGGCUUCAAUGAAAAGUCAGUGGUUCCUCUGGGUCUGUAUGCAGGGAACCUGGCAUUAAACUGGGCAUGGACUCCAAUAUUUUUUGGAGCUCACAAAAUGGGAUGGGGGUUGGUGACUCUCCUGCUUACAACUGGUACAGCAACAGCUACCACUGCUUCCUGGUACAACAUCAACAAAAUAGCAGCUUAUUUGAUGGUUCCUUAUUUAGCUUGGCUAAGCUUGGCUUCUGCACUCAAUUACCGGAUCUGGAAGGACAAUCGCAACAAGAAAAAAUCUGAAUAAGCAGUUUUCAGCCAAAACUAUUUUUUUCCCACAAUAAUUUUUUAUAUAAAGUUAUGGCCUUAGUUUAUUUUUAGCUGAACUACUUCUGCCCUAACUUUGGUAUUUACAAGUUGACAAAACAAAUACAAUUUUACUAGGCAAGCUACAAAGGGGUGUAUGCCUGACUGGGUUUUAUAGCAAACUAAAAGAAAGUCUUGAUUGAAAAGUGUUAAGUGCCCUAUUCCAGUAUUGUAUGUUACAUGACAACAGCAUUGUAACCAUUACCAGAAGAAAGCAGGGACUCAAACUUCCUUAUGUUCAGAGGAAGAAAUGUUCCAGCCUUAUGUUCCUGCCAUACGCUAACAGUUUCCAGAAAGGUGUUCCUAUCAGUGACAGGGAUGAUUGUGGCCUGAAUCUUUCAUAUUUACCACUAGGCACAGUGCUUUUGUGCUAUGAUAUGUCCUACUACAGCCACCAGAUAUUUGUCUUCUGGCCAUUGUACUCUGAAAACGUUUAAGACAAGCUCUUUUUAACAAUUUGUGCCUUCCCACUUGGAAGAACUGUACAUGCAUUCAGCUAAAUGCAUUAAACUACAUGUAAACAUAA